CGCAUGAAGAGUCGAAAGCUGAUUCUCCUUUUCCAUCCUCAACCGGCCAUGAAGAGAACGCCUUUGGUUGAGGCAGUUUGCACAGGCUCGGAAGGCCAAGACGAGCCACUGGGCAUUGGGGGAUGCAAUGGCCUACUAGAAGUGACGGUUGUUUCUGGAGAAGUUCCUCUUCUUUUACCAGUGAAAUUGUUGAAGCAACUCGGAGCCGUCGUCGACUUCAAGCGUUUCAAGUUCACUUUUUCAGAAGAAGCCAUUGAACUGCCUUUGAUUGAGUUAGCCAGCGGACAUGUCACUAUAGAUAUUUGCAACUUUAGUCCAAGUGGAUUUCGAGUGCCUGAGCAAGCGCCAUUUGACGAUGCAGACUUCCAAAGAAGUUCGAUGACUCAAGCUAUGCUGGCUCAAUUCGAUCAGUGCCCCCGGUCUUGGAGAGACCUUCACCCUCUCAGCACGCUUUGCAUCAUGUCGCAGCUGCUGGAGCGGACGGGCCGGCUGAUGGGCGACAGGGAGAAGAACGCCUCUCCAGCGGACGUGGUGAUGAAAGGUCAGGCCAGGAGGCCAAAGAUGGCUUUGAAAAAUUGGCGAGUGGUCCUCGACAAGUUGUUCAUCAUCAUGGCAUUCGUGGAGCGCCAGGCAUUGGUAAAAGAAUGGCUGCCGUCGCUUGCACUUUCGGAGCUAUUUACUCUGCAGUCCAAGCAGGAAGACGACAGCUUGGAGGCCAUCUAUGCGAAGAUCAUCACCACUGCCAAGCCUUUGGCCCCCUUGAAGUCCAAAGAGAAGCCCACGGUGUCAGCGAGCUCUUGCAUCCAUCCCAAGAACCAAUUGAAAGGAGGAGGCAACAAGACUGCCUCCUACGUGACGUGCAAGAUGUGCCACUCAAGGUGGGAGUCUCCUCUGCAGGCGUCGGAGAUCAAAGAAGACCUCAAGAAACAGAAGCAGGGCCUCUUGAGUCAAACGAAGACGGCGCUCACCUUGAAGAAAAAGGAGGAAGCAGUGACCGAGAAGGACAUCGACCCUCAAGGAGCAGCCGUAGUGCAGAACCUUCAGCAAUUGCUUCGAGAAGAAAGGGAACAAGCUGCAUCUCAAAAGAUGGAGGUGAUGAAGGAGCUCGAGCAGCAACGGUUGGUGAUGAGGGAAAAGGAAGUGCAAAUGCAGGCGAUGAUGUCCUCGGUGAUGAAUCAAAAGGAGGCUGUGGAGAAGAUGCUGGAAGAAAAGAGUCAAAGCAGCCAGGAGUAUGUCAAGGUUCCCAUGAAGACGGAAGGACCACUGGGGGAAGAACCUCUAUGUCACUGCCAGUUGAUUGCUUACAAACUGAGGUGGUUGGCAGAAGAAGGGAGCACAAAGAAGGAAAGACAUUUCUGGGUGUGCAAGACAGGCCAGUGCGAGUACUUCCAAUGGGAGGACAAGAGACCGGAGGCGCAGCAAAAGCCCAAGGACAGCAUCCAGGAGGAGUGCUGGAAACGCAGAGUGCAUCCCCAUUCCGGACAGCGAUUGAGUGAAGGCUGGGCGGAAGCGAAGACAAAGAAAGGAAGGCAAGCUCUAAGAAGAAUGCAGGCGGGGAUGAACCCUCAUUUCGAAGCUCCCCAAGUGUUUCAAGUAGAAGUGAGGGAAGGAGAAUGGGAAGACAAAUGGGUUCCUCUUCAUGAAGAUAGAGCAAUCAGGGUGCCAACCGAGAUGAGGACAAGAACAGCGUUGGAAGAUUUCUUUGGCGCCGAAAAGGAAACCCAGUUAAACCACAAGCAACGAAAAGAAGUGAUGAAAGGCUUGUCCAAGGUGAGUGAAGUGUUCUCUCCACCAAGGAUAGCAGCCCAGGCUGGAAAAGAUGGACUAAGGCAGGGAAGCUCCUUCGACCUCAUCACAGGCUGGGACCUUUCAAAUGAAGCCGAUAGGAAGAAGAUGUGGAGGGCUCUGAAAGAAGAAGAUCCUAUUCUGUUGAUCCUCUGUCCUCCUUGCACCGCAUUCUCUGCGCGACAGAGUUUGAACUUUCCUCGCAUGGACAAAGGAAAAGUCGCGGUGAUGAUCCAAACAGGCAUGGAGCACCUGGAGCUCGCAAUGGCUCUAGCGAAGUGGCAACAUCGACGAGGAAGAUAUUUCUUGUUUGAGCACCCAGCCAGCGCCUCAUCAUGGAAGGAAGCCACAGUGGAAGAAGUGGAGUCGCUGGAAGGAGUUGAAGUGGUUUCCACCGACAUGUGCAUGUAUGGCAUGAAUGUCAACGGCCUGGGACUCAAUAAAAAGCCCACCAAGCUGAUGAGCAACUCGGAAGAAGAAAAGAGCUUGGUCAUGAAGCUUCAUCGAGGACUUGGACAUCCUCAAAAGGCGGAGUUUGUUCGAUUCAUGAGAGCGGCAAGGAUCAGAGGGGAGAUCAUUAGGUGGGCUUAUCAAGAGUUCACUUGUCCAGCAUGCCAAGCCAGAAGUAGGCCCAAGGCCGCAAGGCCUGCUGCCAUACCCAGGACCUACCAACCUGGAAGAGUGCUGGGGAUUGAUUUGAUUUUCCUGCCCGAAGUUGGAGGUGAGAGAUUGUUCCCAGCUUUGUCAAUGGUCGAUUGGGGCAGCAAUUAUCAAAUGGUGGAAAGAGUGACAGACAAGCAGCCUGGAACCAUCUGGAGCACCCUAUGGUCAACUUGGGGUCGAACCUUCGGACUUCCGGAAGUGAUCAUCUCAGACGCUGGAAAGGAGUUCUCCUCUCAGUUCAUGCAACUAGCAGCAUCCCAUGGCAUACUCCGUGGCAGAACGGAAGAACAGAACGACAUGGAGCCCACUACAAAGAGCUGCUGGAGAAAGCCAGAGAAGAAGCUCUCCCCACCUCAGGAGCACCAAUUGUUGAUGCAGGAGGUUGAGAUGACAAAGAAUAGGUUCAGCAACAGAAGUGGCUUCAGUCCAGUUCAACGUCAGAUAGGCCAAUGGCCUAGAGUUCCAAGCAACUUGUUGAGCGACGACGUCAUUGACCCAGGCUUGAUGAAUGGAGCAGUGGUGGACGACAUGGAAAGGAUGCUAGAGAUGAGAAGGAUCGCUCAAAAGGCAUUCAUAGAGCACAAUGCCAAAGAAGCCCUAAACAGGGUAGAGCAAGGAAGGUCAAGAGCUCCUCAAGGAUGUCAAGCUGGGGACUACGUCUAUGUCUACAGGGUUCCCCGAGCGAAGAAGCGGAAGCAUGAAGGCUCCUUGCCAAGCAGUGAGAGGACCCCAAAUAAGGCGACCUGGGUUGGUCCAGGGACACUCAUUGCAGUGGAUGGCGCGAGCCUCUGGGUCUCUAUGUUUGGAGAGCUUUGGCGAGUAGCCAGGGAGCAAUGCAGGAAGGCCACCAACGUUGAGAAGCAAGGCAUAGAGGAAGCUAUGCGAAGCUGUCAAGAACUGAAGAACCGGAAGUUGAAGACGCUGCAAGAGAUCAAGAAGUUCGAACUUCCAGCGAAAGAACAAGCAAUGAAGAAGCUCGAGCCAGAGCAGAAAGAGAAGCUGAGGCCGGAAGAGCAGUUGAAGGCUUCUGGUGGAAAGGAGUCACGGAGAGGAGGCAAUUUGAGCCAGGAAGUCGACUUGUCAAAAGAAGAUGAGAAGGACUUGGAAGAAUGGAAGGUGGAAGACAAGUCGGAGUUUGACAAGAUUCAAAGAAGCAAAGCCAUUGAAGUCCUGAGCCCAGAAGAAUCAAGGAAAAUUCGAGAGGAGCUGAGAAAAGAAGGAAAAGAAGAUCGCAUUCUGCCCUCCAGAAUGGCAAGGAGAUAUAAGCCAGCAGAACAGCCGGGAGUCCCUCCCUCCAAGAAAAGCAGACUAUGUAUCAGAGGCGACAAAGACCCGGACAUCCUAGAGCUUGAUCGAUUCAGUCCAACAGUGAACACCAUGAACUUGAACGUCAUGCUCCAAAUCGCCAUCAACGCUGGCAUGACGAUCAGCAUUGGGGAUUUGAAAAGUGCAUUUUGCCAAAGUGAUCCCCUGGAAAGAGCAAAUGGUCCAUUGUACUUUCGACAACCCUCCGAAGGUAUCUCGGGACUCCAUCCCGAGCAGAUAUGCAAGAUAGUGGCCGGAUGCUACGGCUUAGUGGAUGCACCCCUUCACUGGAGAAAAACUUUGCUCAAGGCUUUGGGCAAAUUAGGCUUCAAGGAAAGCCGACUGGACCCGUGCAUCUACAAGCUCUAUGAGGAGGGAAGGUUAAUGGGCCUUUUGGCUAUUGAAGUGGACGAUAUAUUAGCCUGUGGAAAAGGAAAGUUCCACGAGAAGAUGAAGCAACUUCGCUCUCAGUUCACCUUUGGAAAGUGCGUGAACUUGAAGGAAGAGAAGGAAGGGGCAAGCUUCAAUGGAAGAAGGCUGAGGCAAGAUGAAGAGGGCACUCUGCACAUAGACAUGCAGAAAUUCAUAGAAGAACGCCUCGAAGAGAUUCCCAUCGACAAGGAGAGAAAGAAAGAGAAGAAAGAAGAAGUCAAUGAAAGGGAGCGAACUCAGGCUCGAGCCGUUUGCGGCUCCCUCAAUUGGCUCUCAAAAGAAGGCCGACCAGAUGCAGCAGGACCAUCAAGCCUGAUGUCGUCAAGGCUUACCACGAUGAAAGUAGAAGAUCUUUGCUGCCUGAAUGAAGUGAUCAAACAGCUGAAGAACAGCUCUAACCUUUGCUUGAAGGUGCAGCCGCUGACGAAGAUGAGGCUAGCUGUGAUCACGGAUGCCUCAUUUGGAAAUGAUGGUUUCCAUUCCCAAGGGCGACAAAUGAUAGUAGCCCAUGAAGAAGGGCUCCAGGAAGGAAGAAAAGUGAAAGCCAAUCUCCUCUGGUGGAGAAGUGCCAAGCUGCAGCGAGUGGUCAAUUCGACCCUCGCAGCCGAGACGCAAAGUCUCUCCAAGGGCAUGGGAGACCUUCUCUGGAUGAAGGUCCUUUUCAAGGAACUGGAGGAGGAAAAGUUCAACAUGUACGACUGGCCGUCAAGCCUGGCCAAGGAGGAAGUGGUGGCUAUGGCCACGUGCGAGAAUGGUGAGCUCCAGAGAUGCUUGGCAAUCGUGGAUGCCAAGAGCUUGUUCGACUAUUUGAGCAAGCAGACCAUAGGGGGACAAGACAAGCGCACCGCAAUAGAGAUCCAGAUCAUACGACAAGAGCUGGCUGCUUUGAAUGGAGAGAUCAGGUGGAUUGAUCAUCCAGCCAUGGUCGCUGAUUGUCUCACCAAGGUGAAAGGAUCGACUGAUCCUUUGUUUUCUUUUCUGAGGUCGGGCUGUUUUUGCAUUGCUGCUGAAGAAGAACACCUCAAAAAGAGGAAGGAAGACCGUUCACUCGGCAUUAGCAACGCACAGAUCCGAGCUGGAGUCAACAAGAGUUUGGGGAGCUGUAAGAACGGCAUGUCUAGCAUGAGCACACCUUGA